AUGCCGAAGGAGAAACCUAUCUUCAAAUCCACCACCUCUCUCUCCAAGGUGGAUCUCUUCAAGCUUCUGAGCGAUGAGACGGCGCUCGAUUCUCUCAAUCACGAACAACUUCACCGCCUCUUGUCGCUGCUGCCACGUGACACGGCGGCCAUUCACCAGGAUACCGCCGCCGGCCGCAUCUCCGCCAUCAAGGCGGCUCUCCACGACAACGACGCCUUCAGGGCUGACGUCCAGCAGUUGCAGCGGGACGCGCAAGGGAAGGUUUACGCGGCUGGCUGGCUGCAGAAGGCUCGUGCAGCCGCUCGUUCUCGCGCGGAGGGCGCGUUUGACGACUGGAAGGAGGAGCAUCUAGAGCGUUUCUGGGGUCAGAAGGCCAAGCCUGAAUAG